CAGACGAUCAACAGGUUGUUUACUUACAGGUGAUCAGCUGAAAAGCGGGAUUUAAAGCAAACACACACUCAGAUCAACUUUCACCCGGUCCACCUCCUCCUCCUGGUGUGGUCCGUCUGCGGCUCCGUGUCUCCCUGUGGGCCGGUCUCCGAGAGCUGUGGGCCGGGUCAUGAGACUCCAGGGGUGGGUCUCCGUCGGUAACCUGGCAGCCGGAUUCCUCUCCUCACCGUCCCGGAGGCUGGCGGCUCUCAGCGGCAGCAAGCACGUGUGUGGCUUCGGCGUGAGUGCGGCUAACAACAUGGCAGAGGAGGCGAAGAAACUGGCCGCUUACGCCGCUGUGGACAACCACGUCCAGAACAACCAGGUGGUCGGAGUUGGCAGCGGGUCGACCAUCGUUUAUGCCGUGGACAGAUUAGCUGAGAGAGUUCGACAAGAGAAACUCAACAUUGUGUGUGUUCCGACCUCCUUCCAGGCUCGCCAGCUGAUUCUGCAGCACGGCCUCACGCUGUCAGAUCUGGACAGGCACCCGGAGCUGGAUGUGGCGAUCGACGGAGCAGACGAAGUGGACGCAGACCUCACUCUGAUAAAAGGUGGAGGCGGCUGCUUGACUCAAGAGAAGAUCGUCGCCGGCUGUGCUAAACAUUUUGUCGUCAUUGCCGACUACAGGAAAGACUCCAAGGCUCUGGGCCAGCAGUGGAAGAAGGGAGUUCCCAUCGAGGUUAUCCCCAUGGCGUACGUUCCCGUUUCCAGGACGAUAGCCAAGCGCUUCGGAGGGGAGGCCAGCUUGCGGAUGGCUGUCAGUAAAGCAGGUCCUGUGGUGACCGACAACAGCAACUUUAUCCUGGACUGGAAGUUUGAGCGCGCUCAGAACUGGAAGGAGGUCAACACCGCCAUCAAGAUGAUUCCAGGUGUGGUGGACACGGGGCUCUUCGUCGGCAUGGCUGAACGGGCCUACUUCGGGAUGGAGGACGGCAGCAUUCAGGUCCGAGAUCCUCCGGUCAACUGAUGAAUCGUCUUCUCUCCUCAUCUCUAGACCGACCUCACUUCUCCCGCAAGUGCCGAAUUCAAACCCGGUUUCAGGCUGCGUUUAAACCGAAGCUGCACCUCUUCCAGAACUGGACAAAAAAACUGCAGCAGAGAAGUUUCCACCAAUUGAAGAUCACUUGAUUUCUCUCAUCCUGCAGGCGGUGCUUCUGAUUCUGAGCUUUAAAGUGCCUGAUGGGUGAAAUCAAGUGAGAGUCUUUGUGUUUUUUUCUCUGUUGGUUUCUCAGUUUGUCUUCCUGGUCACACUGGGAAUGUUUCCUGUAAUUAAUGGGUUUGACUGAAUGUCUGCAGAGUGAAACUGAGGUGUGCCUUGAGGUUAUAGCUUAAAAAAAAAAAGUGCUGUGAAAGUUACAUUUAAAAAUCUCAUAAACCGAUAAGCAGUCAGUUUGAAUCUCAACACACUGUAGGCAGCUGAGAAAUUAAUUAAUUUCACUAAUUAAUAUGCAAAUUCAAACAGCAAGAAGCUCCAUAAGUUAAUAAGGAAACCUGUGGUGCAGAUAUGAAGCUUCUGUUGUUUGUUUUUCAUGUUGCGAAGACGCAUGAGGCAGACAUAAAAAUAAAUACAGCCGUCUGUUAUGUGCCAUAUAUACACACAGGUCAGCUCUAAUGCAUGUUUUCCUGUUGUUAAAGGGAAAUUGUGCUACAAAAAUGAGUAAAAACAUUCCGUUUCUCUGUGAUCAUCCUGUAUAUCAGUGCUGUGCCUCAUUUUGUGCCAGUGUAGUGAUGCAUUUACAUAAUUCGAAAACAGUUUUACACACUAGAAACCGUAUUUGUUGAGGUUCACAUUGCACAAGUAUAAAAUGCUGUCUGUGUUUCUGGAUGUUAAUCUGAAAAUUACUCGCUUCUGGCAUGAAAGGCUGCACUGAGCGUAUGCUGACUGUUCAUGGAGCAGCUGCUGCAACAUUACAUUUCCAUUCUAAUCAAUUAAACUGGCUCUAACAGGCAUAAGUGCUGCAUAUGUGCCAUGCAGAUCUGUCUUCUGGUUAGAUUUUUUUAUGCAAGAUGUGACCGUUUUCACAGAAAUCAAACAGGGGUUCUGCUUUGGACUCUUGAUUAGCAUUUAUUUUGCUAACAUCAGCCAACGGUUGUUUAGUUACUUUACAGAUGUUAGCGUACCUAUAUUACACAAACUUGGUGAACACGUGAACUUUAUCACCCUCCAGAAAUAAAAGACGAAAUCAAACAAAUCAAAAACCACAACCUUAUGCUGUAAGUAGCCGGUAAAAAUAGAUUUUUCACAUCAUAUCCACUCCACCAACGUGAUUCAGUGUCACCACGGUGUUAAAGUCACGUUAGCAGAGCUGGAUGGAGAAUUUUGGCUGUAGUUGUGGUUUUGUUUACUCCUCUGGCCAGUGUGUUUGCAGUCAUGUUAGGUCACAUUUUGAUGUAAUUCUCCCAUGAUAGCUGCUGUUGCUAUGAGCCCAUCGGUCUGGUUUCCUGCCCUGGGUGAAGACAGAGUUUGGAAAAUGUUUUGUGGUUUCCUCUGAGUUUCAGCAGCUGCUCCAGUCAGUCUGCAGGUUAACGUCCACACUUUAACGCACUGUUUCUUCAAAAACAACAACCUCUGAACAUGGUUACUUCACUGCAUGCACCUUCCUCCACUGUGUCGGUUCUUUUUGUGCCUGUAAGUCACUCUUGUGCCAUAACUUUAAAUGGGUAAUAAGGACAAAAAGUAGUCACAUUUAUUGGUACUAGUAGCACCACAGGUACGUUCUAUGUGCCUUGGCGUGCCAAAGCAAUAAAAUAUCAUUUUUAGAUUGAGAAGUAGCAAAAAUCUGAUGAUGUAGCUGCUGGUCUAAGUGUUAAAAGCUGCACUGUGAGGUUUUAGGAACGACUGUUCAGUAUAUAAAUGCAAGUAAUGAGUUCCUAAAGCUCAAUUUGAUCAACUCUUUAACAGAAAUAUUCAAGAUGCUUCUUGGUUGGUCAGUUUGUUUCAUUAAAAAAUACUGUACAGUGCAGCUUUAAAGGUGGAGCUGCACACAGUCUUAUCUCUUUGUGUUUGUGCUACAGUUUCAGUGUCACACAAAGCUAAAAUACUUCGAGGUACUACCCAAAAUACUGUUAUACCUCUCCUCAUUCCUGCUUUUCUGUGUAUUAUAUCAUUCUAUAUGCUGAUAUUACAACGUCAUCUGUCAGUUAUGUUGUUGUGGAAUGCAGCUAUUCUGCUUCAGGCUCACAAUGCCUUACACUCUGUUUUUAUUUGGUAAAUCUGUGUUUUUCUAUGUUUAUCUCUGAGAGACUCGGGAGAACAAUUUACUACAAUGUUGGGGAUUUUGUCUUUGUUUCUGUUCUGGUACGAACAAUCUGAUUCUGGUCUCGUAAAUCAAAUCGAAGAGGCUGAAUUUUACAAUCUUCCUCUGCCUCAGAGGUGUGGAGAUGAAGUUUGAUGUUUUUGCACCAGCAUUUCUUUUGUUUUCUUUCUUUACCAGUCGACUGUGAAUAUGACUUUUUUUUUUUUUUUUUUUUGCUGUGAAGGUACUACUUUCUCUGUCAACCAAUACAGGACCAAAACAAGAA